GCUGCACUCCAGCCUGGGCAACAGAGUGAGCCUUUGUCUCAAAACAAAAAACAAAACAAAAAACAGUGAGGCAGAUCUGUUGUGAUGAUGACUCCAAAACACCCUCCCUGCCUCUGCAGUGACUGCAGGAAGGCUUAUUCCCAUUUUACAGAUCCAGUAGCUGAGACUCAGAAGUGAGGUAAGUGGAUCCAGGUCACACAGCAAGCAGGUGAAAACCCAGAUCACCUGCCUAGCUCUGAAGAAAAUGGUAUUUAGGCUUCACCCAGUACUUCCUAUCCCACCCCCUCCCUGGGAAGGGCUGUUGAAAUUUUCAGGGAAAUCAUCGGCUUCCUGCCGCCUCCAGAGUGUUGGUGGGGGUAGGGCACUGAGGAGAAGCCAGCUUUGUUCUCUGUGUUCUCCAGCACUUGUUCAUCUGGAGGGAGUGGGUCCUGGGUGGACCCUUGAGCAGAGCUACUUGGGGAGAUGUGGUUUGGUGACCCCUAUGACUUCUGGCUCCCCUAUUCUGGGUAAUUUUCCACUGCAGCCACUUCUGGGAGAGGAACAAAGGGAGCUGGAUGUCCAGGCUGAGCCCCAGGGACUUGGGCUCUGUGGCUUCUCUCCCCCACACACCCCUUCUAAAAUGCAUCAUGAAUUUUACUCCUGCUUAGGGCGUGGUCAGACAGGCUAUAUCUGGAGUCUGAGCAAGGCAGUCUGCAGGAUGGCUUGACUCAUGAAGGUCUGGGGUCAGGAAGGCCUGAGGCCUAGGCCCCUGAUGAGUUUCCUGGGCUGCCCUCCACCAAGGGUGCUUCUCUCUGCUUGCAUACCUCUGGGGACAGGGAGCUCACUGCCUUAUCACAUUCAGAUACCUGAAUGUUAAUUCCGGUUUAUUUCAACCCACCUCAUUGGGACCCCAUCCCUCCUUCCUGCCCCACCUGGCUCUGUCCCUAGGCCACAGAACCAGGUUUGGUUUCCAGCCCUCUUCUCAACAGGGCUGCCUGCUCUGACCUAGUCCCAGUUUGUCAUGAUCCAGGGCAGCCUGGCUCUGAUCUAAAGCACAGCCACCUCUUCCUUGUGGCCCCUAUCCUGACUGCUCCCGGGAACAAGUACCAAAUCUGGGGUCAGACAGUCCUGGGGCCAGUCUUCCUUGGGUACUGGCUUCCUCCUUCAGGAGCUGCACUGGGCCCACUGGUAUCCUAUCCCUACAGCUGGAUCUGGGAGGAAACCAAAUGAAGACGAUAGGAAAUUCCAGCCUCUUUCUUUGGCCACUGCUGUCCUCAAGAGGCCAAUCUUCUGGUUUUUUUGCAGAGAGGGGGCAGGCUGAUCUCACAGCUCAUGCUCCCCUCCACAUUGUCACUAGCCUCCCAGCCAACCCGUGAGGAAGCAUCAUUAGGCCAAUGUUACAAAUGAGGAAAAUUGAGGCAGCAGUUACAUCAGGCCUGCUCACAACACAGCAGGCCUGAGACCCCUAUAACUUGGAUCCUGCCCUGUCCUGUGGUAAAGAGUCAAAUCUAGGAAGUGAGGAAAUGAGGUUUGGGAUGGGCCCAGGCCUGGGGCUUCCACUCAGCUCUCUUGCUUGGUGCUGGAGAAACAGAGGACCAGAGAGGGGGCUUGGCUUGCCCGCGUUCCCGCAGCAGCCGGCCAGAAGCCGCUGCCAUUGUGCGCGAGGCUGGAUAAAAUGAAUGACUGGAGGGCGCUCUGGAGGAGGGGCCGGCUGAGGGGAGAUUUGUGGCGCAGAGCGGGGAUCAGGGGUCCCCCGCUUCUUUCAAGGUGGGGCGGGGCCGUCUAUCUGGGAGGGCGGGGCUUCCCCGAAAGGCCCCGCCUCCGCCUCGACCGCCCAGCGGAGCCGCAGCAGGGGGAACCCAGUUUCCGUGGAACUUUUCGCGGGCGCCGGGCCGCCUCCGAGGCCAGGGCAGGACACAAACGCGCGAAGCGGCGGCGGCAACUGCGAGCCGGGGCCGCGGCGGCGCUCCCUGGGAAGGACCGUACGAGGCGGCGGGCCCGGCGGGCCUCCCGGAGGAGGCGGCUGCGCCAUGGACGAGCCGCCCUUCAGCGAGGCGGCUUUGGAGCAGGCGCUGGGCGGGCCGUGCGAUCUGGACGCGGCGCUGCUGACCGACAUCGAAGGUGAAGUCGGCGCGAGGAGGGGUAGGGCCAGCCGCCUGGACGCCCCAAGGGCGGGCGCAGAUCGCGGAGCCAUGGAUUGCACGUUCGAAGACAUGCUUCAGCUUAUCAACAACCAAGACAGUGACUUCCCUGGCCUGUUUGACCCGCCCUAUGCUGGGAGUGGGGCAGGGGGCACAGACCCUGCCAGCCCCGAUACCAGCUCCCCAGGCAGCUUGUCUCCACCUCCUACCACACUGAGCUCCUCUCUUGAAGACUUCCUGAGCGGCCCGAAGGCAGCGCCCUCACCCCUGUCCCCUCCCCAGCCUGCACCCACUCCAUUGAAGAUGUACCCGUCCGUGCCCACUUUCUCCCCUGGGCCUGGUAUCAAGGAAGAGUCAGUGCCAUUGAGCAUCCUGCAGACCCCCACCCCGCAGCCCCUGCCAGGGGCCCUCCUGCCACAGAGCUUCCCAGCCCCAGCCCCACCGCAGUUCAGCUCCACCCCCGUGUUAGGCUACCCCAGCCCUCCGGGAGGCUUCUCUACAGGGAGCCCUCCCGGGAGCACCCAGCAGCCGCUGCCUGGCCUGCCACUGGCUUCCCCGCCAGGGGUCCCGCCCGUCUCCUUGCACACCCAGGUCCAGAGUGUGGCCGCCCAGCGGCUACUGACAGUCACAGCUGCCCCCACGGCAGCCCCUGCAACGACCACUGUGACCUCGCAGAUCCAGCAGGUCCCGGUCCUGCUGCAGCCCCACUUCAUCAAGGCAGACUCGCUGCUUCUGACAGCCAUGAAGACAGACGGAACCACUGUGAAGGCGGCGGGUCUCAGCCCCCUGGUCUCCGGCACCACUGUGCAGACAGGGCCUUUGCCGACCCUGGUGAGUGGCGGAACCAUCUUGGCAACAGUCCCGCUGGUUGUAGAUGCGGACAAGCUACCUAUCAACCGGCUGGCGGCUGGCAGCAAGGCCCAGGGCUCAGCCCAGAGCCGUGGAGAGAAGCGCACAGCCCACAACGCCAUUGAGAAGCGAUACCGCUCCUCCAUCAAUGACAAAAUCAUUGAGCUCAAGGAUCUGGUGGUGGGCACUGAGGCAAAGCUGAAUAAAUCUGCUGUCUUGCGCAAGGCCAUCGACUACAUUCGCUUUCUGCAACACAGCAACCAGAAACUCAAGCAGGAGAACCUAAGUCUGCGCACUGCUGUCCACAAAAGCAAAUCUCUGAAGGAUCUGGUGUCGGCCUGUGGCAGUGAAGGGAACACAGACGUGCUCAUGGAGGGCGUGAAGACUGAGGUGGAGGACACACUGACCCCACCCCCCUCGGAUGCCGGCUCGCCCUUCCAGAGCAGCCCCUUGUCCCUUGGCAGCAGGGGCAGUGGCAGUGGUGGCAGUGGCAGUGACUCGGAGCCUGACAGCCCAGUCUUCGAGGACAGCAAGGCAAAGCCAGAGCAGCGGCCGUCUCCGCACAGCCGGGGCAUGCUGGACCGCUCCCGCCUGGCCCUGUGCACACUCGUCUUCCUCUGCCUGUCCUGCAACCCCUUGGCCUCCUUGCUGGGGGCCCGGGGGCUUCCUGGCCCCUCAGAUAUCACCAGCGUCUACCACAGCCCUGGGCGCAACGUGCUGGGCACCGAGAGUAGAGAUGGCCCUGGCUGGGCCCAGUGGCUGCUGCCCCCAGUGGUCUGGCUGCUCAAUGGGCUGCUGGUGCUGGUCUCCUUGGUGCUUCUCUUUGUCUACGGUGAGCCAGUCACGCGGCCGCACUCAGGCCCCGCCGUGCACUUCUGGAGGCAUCGCAAGCAGGCUGACCUGGACCUGGCCCGGGGGGACUUUGCCCAGGCUGCCCAGCAGCUGUGGCUGGCCCUGCGGGCACUGGGCCGGCCCCUGCCCACCUCCCACCUGGACCUGGCUUGUAGCCUCCUCUGGAACCUCAUCCGUCACCUGCUGCAGCGUCUCUGGGUGGGCCGCUGGCUGGCAGGCCGGGCGGGGGGCCUGCAGCGGGACUGUUCUCUGCGGGUGGAUGCUCGCGCCAGCGCCCGAGACGCAGCCCUGGUCUACCAUAAGCUGCACCAGCUGCACACCAUGGGGAAGUACACAGGCGGGCACCUUACUGCCACCAACCUGGCGCUGAGUGCCCUGAACCUGGCAGAGUGUGCAGGGGAUGCUGUGUCUGUGGCAACGCUGGCCGAGAUCUAUGUGGCAGCUGCAUUGAGAGUGAAGACCAGUCUCCCACGGACCUUGCAUUUUCUGACACGCUUCUUCCUGAGCAGUGCCCGCCAGGCCUGCCUGGCACAGAGUGGCUCUGUGCCUCCUGCCAUGCAGUGGCUCUGCCACCCCGUGGGCCACCGUUUCUUCGUGGAUGGGGACUGGGCCGUGCUCAGUACCCCACGGGAGACCCUGUACAGCUUGGCUGGUAACCCAGUGGACCCCCUGGCCCAGGUGACUCAGCUAUUCCGGGAACAUCUCUUGGAGCGAGCACUGAACUGUGUGACCCAGCCCAACCCCAGCCCUGGGUCAGCUGAUGGGGACAAGGAAUUCUCGGAUGCCCUCGGGUACCUGCAGCUGCUGAACAGCUGUUCUGAUGCGGCGGGGGCUCCUGCCUGCAGCUUCUCCAUCAGUUCCAGCAUGGCCACCACCACCGGCAUAGACCCAGUGGCCAAGUGGUGGGCCUCUCUGACAGCUGUGGUGAUCCACUGGUUGCGGCGGGACGAGGAGGCGGCUGAGCGGCUGUGCCCACUGGUGGAGCACCUGCCCCGGGUGCUGCAGGAGUCUGAGAGACCCCUGCCCAGGGCGGCUCUGCACUCCUUCAAGGCUGCCCGGGCCCUGCUGGGCUGUGCCAAGGCAGAGUCUGGUCCAGCCAGCCUGACCAUCUGUGAGAAGGCCAGUGGGUACCUGCAGGACAGCCUGGCUACCACACCAGCCAGCAGCUCCAUUGACAAGGCCGUGCAGCUGUUCCUGUGUGACCUGCUCCUUGUGGUACGCACCAGCCUGUGGCGGCAGCAGCAGCCCCCGGCCCCGGCCCCGGCAGCCCAGGGCACCAGCAGCGGGCCUCAGGCUUCUGCCCUUGAGCUGCGUGGCUUCCAACGGGACCUGAGCAGCUUGAGGCGGCUGGCACAGAGCUUCCGGCCUGCCAUGCGGAGGGUGUUUCUACACGAGGCCACGGCCCGGCUGAUGGCGGGGGCCAGCCCCACACGGACACACCAACUCCUCGACCGCAGUCUCAGGCGGCGGGCAGGCCCCGGUGGCAAAGGAGGCGCGGUGGCGGAGCUGGAGCCGCGGCCCACGAGGCGGGAGCACGCGGAGGCCUUGCUGCUAGCCUCCUGCUACCUGCCCCCUGGCUUCCUGUCGGCGCCCGGGCAGCGCGUGGGCAUGCUGGCUGAGGCGGCGCGCACGCUCGAGAAGCUUGGCGAUCGCCGGCUGCUGCACGACUGUCAGCAGAUGCUCAUGCGCCUGGGCGGUGGGACCACUGUCACUUCCAGCUAGAACCCGUAUCCCCGGCCUCAGCACCCCUGUCUCUAGCCACUUCUGUCCCGUGCAGCUUCUGUCCUGUGUCGAAGCCCUGAAGGCCGAAGGCAGUGCGAGAGACCCUGGCCUCCACGGUUCACCCGCGGCUGCGCUGUCCCUUCGGGGUGGAAGGCCAGAGGGGCGCAAACCCGACCCUAAGACCGGCGGCCAUGAUGGUGCUGACCUCUGGUGGCCGAUCGGGGCACUGCAGGAGCCGAGCUGUUCGGGGCGUGGGGGGGGGGGGCCCUCCUUGCUCUGCAGGCACCUUAGUGGCUUUUUUCCUCCUGUUUAGAGGGAAGAGAUGGGUACAUUUCCCUGCGCUGACGGAAGCCAACUUGGCUUUCCCGGACUGCAAGCGGGGCUCUAGCCCCAGAGGCCUCUCUCUCCCUCGUGGGAAGACGUGUACAUAGUGUAGGUCAGCGUGCUCAGCCUCCUGACCUGAGGCUCCUGUGCUACUUUGCCUUUUGCAAACUUUAUUUUCAUAGAUUGAGAAGUUUUGUACAGAGAAUUAAACAUGAAAUUAUUUAUAAUCUGGGUUUUGUGUCUUCAGCUGAUUGAUAUGCUGACCAGUGAGAGUGCUUGGGCCCUCCCCCAGCACCUUGGAAAAGGCUUCCCUCCCCUCUCCGGCCACGAGGGACACAACUUAGCUCUUUCCGAUGUUAGUAGCGGGAGUGGGGAGGGCUGGCUGUAUGGCCUCCAGCUGACCUGUCCCCCUGUUCCCAGGGCACGUUUGGACUGUCAACCCUUAGGGCCUCGAUGGGGUCAGUUGUCCCUUCUCACCUCCCAGCUGUGUCCCCAUCAGGUCCCUGGGUGGCAUGGGAGGAUGGACUGUCCUCCAGGACCUGUUUGUUGUAUGACAGGAGCUACAGCUUGGGUCUCCCUGCAAGUCUGGCACGUCUCACCUGCCCCCAUCCUAGCCCCUGGUCCUCUCACAGCAAAGAAGCCUCCUCCCUCCCGACCCGCCGCCACACUGGAGAGGGGGCACAGGCGCGGAGAGUCUUCCUGUUCUGUGAAGGGCGGGCUCCCUGACUCCAUUCAUGCCCCCCUGAGCCCCUCCCUUCAUUCCCAUUCCCCAACCUGAAGACUGGCCCGGCUCCCAGCUGAAUCUGGUCGGAAUCCACGGGCUGCAGAUUUUCCAAAACAAUCGUUGUAUCUUUAUUGACUUUUUUUUUUUUUUUUUCUGAAUGCAAUGACUGUUUUUUACUCUUAAGGAAAAUAAACAUCUUUUAGAA